AUGGCACCACAAUCAAUUGUCCUCAUCUCUGGCGCAAACCGGGGUCUCGGCUACGAGACAGCCAAAAAUCUACUUCUGUCAGGCAACUACCACAUUAUCAUCGGUAGUCGAGACUGCUCGAAGGGCGAUGCAGCAGCCGACUCUCUCCGCACCCUGCCUGGCAUCCACGGCACCGUGUCAACGAUCCAGCUAGACGUAACGGACGAUCAGUCCGUUGAUGACGCAAAAGCACGUAUUGAAUCGGACUUCGGCCAUCUGGACGUGCUCGUCAAUAAUGCAGGCAUCUAUCUCCUCAACCAAGAGGCUGUCCGUGAUGCCCUGCGGCUUACUCUUGAGACCAACGUCACGGGUGCGGCAAGUCUGACAGAAGCGCUGCUUCCUCUACUCCUGAAGUCUACUAACCCCCGGUUGGUCUUUGUGAGCUCUUCCAAUGGGUCAAUGACAUAUAAUCUCGAUCCGAACUCCCCGCACGGUGGCACACAUGCCACGGAACAUCGCGUAGCCAAAGCUGCACUCAAUAUGUUACUAGUGCAGUACCAUAUGAAGUUGAAGAGCGUUAAAGUCCUGGGUGCGGAUCCGGGAUUCUGUGCAACUGAUGUCAUUGGAGAUGCGGACGCGUUGCGCAGAAUGGGCGCGACAGAGCCGGAGGUUGGGGCGCAGAUUAUCGCCUCGGUCGUGAAAGGAGAGAAGGAUGACCAGCCGGGAAGGGUUCAUGGCCCUCAGGGUAUUGUACCGUGGUAA